AAUGGACCUACUUCUUUGUAUCGUUGAAGCCAAUGCGGCAGCGAAAGCCCUAGCGAGGGUAGCAGCACAGAGCCUUCAUGCCGUGGAGGACUGCUCGUCUGUCGUUGAAUGUUGCAUAAAGGUCCUGCCGGCUGCACUGUCAGCGCUCGAAGGCGCUGCCUCGACUGAUGAGAACCUUGCUGGGCAGGCGGUUGAGUAUGUGCAGGGUUUUAUUGCAGCCAUGGCCCAGCUCCAGACUGCGAUUGAGGGCCUGAAUCGGCAUGACGGCGAGGGGGUCUUGGGAAUUCUUUUGGAGCAUCCCGCGGCAUGGCUUGAGACUUACCGCGCCUUUCGCUCUUUGACAGUUCAGCUUGUCGGUAUCAGCACCUUUAUGAGGUCGACGGCGCAACGCGGCCGCGCGGACGAUUCUGAUGAGGCGUUACAGAGCUCCAUCCGAGCGCUGCUGGGAACCUCCAACCGCGCGCGCGAGGCGGCCAACUUGUUGGGCAGCGACCUGCCGAACUUUGCACGUGAUGCCGCAGCCGCCGGCUGGUCCGGGGCCCGAGUGCAGCACAUCCCAACCGGCGGUUCCGGAGCCGCGUCGCCAUGUAGGCGCUGCGGCUGUGGCCCGGGGGGCUGCGGCCCCUGUAUUUGCGGCACCGCGAUGUUCAUGUUUGCAGCGGCAAACGCUGCAUUGCAGCAGCAAGAGCAGCAGCAAGAGCAGCGAAUGAGUCUGCUGCGGCGGCUCGGCAAGGCGGCGGCCUGCAGUACACCUGACGUACGGCGCGGGUGCAGCGGCUCAGGGCAGUCGUGCGCGGGGCAGGAUGGCGGCAGCGGCAGCGGACUAGAGGACGCGGCAUGGUCACUAGUGGCUCGGGUCCAGGAUAUGAUUUUGUUCGACAGUGAGAUUGAUCAGUUGGAACAAGAUCGGGCUUAUCUCCAGCAGCGCGUGACGCAGCUGCAGGCGGUUUGCAGCUGUAGCAGCGUCGCAGCCACAGCAGCAGCCGGCGCCGCUGCCGCGACGGCAAGCGAGCAGUCCACGGCGGGGUCGCUGAUUCAAAGUGUGGUAUUGCUGGCGGCGGUAGAUUUGCGUUUGAGAGCACUUGGCGAGCGCAGCAGCGGAUCGGGCGAGGCAUGUGGCCAGCAGCUAAGGACGGCCAGUACGGCAGCUAAUCUUCUCUCUGGGCGAAAAACGGGCCGUGGGAAUGGCGAAGCCAACUUGGCGGCGGCGGCGGGCCGGCUAGUGGAUCCAGAGGACCUGUACGACGAAGUACGGAAGCGGCGAACGGCUCUGCGCUGGCUGCCCGUUUGCUUUGUUGGCGCUUGA